AUGUCGAAUAAGCUGUGGUACCAGCAACCAGCGCAGUGCUGGAAUGAGGCCCUUCCGGUUGGUAAUGGACGACUAGGCGUUAUGGUCUAUGGGCGGACCAGCACAGAACUGUUAGCAUUGAAUGAAGACAGUGUUUGGUAUGGAGGACCCCAGAGUCGUACUCCGCAGCCCUCGAUCGGGGAGUUAGCAUUACUCCGAGACCUUAUUCGAAAAGAGAAACAUACCGAUGCCGAGAAACUAGCACGCAAAAGUUUCUUUGCUUCGCCAGCUAGCCAGCGUCAUUAUGAACCACUAGGAACUGUGUUCAUCGACUUCAAUCAUGACAAUGAACAGAAGUUAUUGGAUUAUCAGAGGUCGCUUGAUAUUGAGAAGAGUCUCUGCCACGUGGAGUAUGAGUAUGAUGGUAUUUGCAUUGCGAGAGAUCUCAUCGCAUCAUAUCCGGACUCUGUUUUGGCUAUGCACAUCCAGUCAUCUGCUCCAAUCGAGUUUACAGUUAGACUGACUCGUGUCAAUGAGCUCGACUACGAAACAAAUGAAUUUCUGGAUGACGUGGCUGCAAAGGGGAAUUCCUUGGUUAUGAGUGUAACACCCGGAGGUAAAAGAAGUAAUCGAGCUUGUUGUGUACUCUCAGCAAGAUGCAUAGACGAUGAAGGAAUUGUCACUGCUCGUCCAAAUAAUAGCCUACAUAUUCGUGGUCAGAAUAUCCUGUUAGUAAUUGCCGCGCAAACUGAAUAUCGUUGCAAUGAUAUCGACAAAGUCACAGUUACGGAUUGUAACAAUGCCCUGCAAAAAUCAUGGGAUGAACUAUUGACUCGGCAUAUCCAAGAUUACAGUGCAUUAUAUACUCGCAUGUCACUUCGCAUAGGAGAUAGCGCUAAUUUGCAUGAGCUCCAAAAAAUACCGACGGAUGUGCGACUAAGAGAAUCUCGAGAUCUUGGACUCAUAAGCUUGUAUCACAACUACAGCCGUUACUUACUGAUCUCAUCUAGCCGAAAUGGAUACAAGGCUCUGCCAGCGACACUACAAGGGAUUUGGAAUCCAUCUUUCACACCUGCCUGGGGCAGUAAAUAUACUAUCAACAUCAAUCUACAGAUGAACUAUUGGCCUGUGAAUGUGUGCAAUCUGUCAGAAUGCAGUCAACCAUUAUUCGCGCUCCUCCGCCGUAUGGCCGAGAACGGAGUGAAAACUGCGAAAAGCAUGUAUAAUUGCGGAGGCUGGGCUGCACAUCACAAUACCGAUAUUUGGGCGGAUACAGAUCCCCAGGAUCGGUGGAUGCCGGCUACACUUUGGCCUCUAGGAGGCGCAUGGCUGUGUUUUCAUAUCUGGGAACAUUUUGAUUAUACGCAAGAUAAGGAAUUCUUGAGUGAAAUGUUUCCGGUUUUACAAGGCUGUGUUGAGUUUUUGCUAGACUUCUUGAUUGAAAGUGUAGAUGGCAAAUAUCUUGUUACGAAUCCGUCAUUGUCUCCGGAAAACACAUUUUACACUCAUAAUAGAGAGAAUCAAGGGGUGUUUUGUGAGGGUUCCACAAUCGACAUCCAGAUUAUAGAAGCUGUAUUUACGGCAUUUCUGUCGUCCGUUGAUGUUCUCAAUUUGACGGACAAUGAACUAGGUGGAAGGGUUCAAGACGCCAAAAAACGACUCCCUCCAAUGCAGAUUGGAUCUUUCGGUCAACUUCAGGAAUGGAUGCAUGACUACGAUGAAGUCGAGCCAGGACACAGGCAUACAUCUCAUCUUUGGGGGCUACAUCCCGGUGCUUCGAUCAAGCCGGUUCAAACACCAGAGCUAGCCAAAGCAGCAUCGAUUGUACUUCGUCGCAGGGCUGCUCACGGAGGUGGCCAUACAGGAUGGAGUCGAGCUUGGCUCAUCAAUCUUCACGCCCGUUUAUUUGAAUCCGAUGAGUGCGAGAACCACAUUGACUUGCUCUUGAAGAAUUCCACGUUACCCAACUUGCUAGACACUCAUCCACCAUUCCAAAUUGAUGGAAAUUUUGGUGCUGGUGCUGGCAUCGUAGAGAUGCUGGUUCAAUCCCAUGAAGUGAGCGCCAUCCGUUUAUUGCCUGCUUGCCCUGAAUCCUGGAAAGAGGGUGCCGUUAGUGGUGUACGUGCUCGUGGAGGGUUUGAAUUGGAUUUUGAAUGGAAAGAUGGUGAGAUAGUAGGUGAUGUUAUAAUUCGUUCGAUUUCUGAUCUAACCUGUAUUGUCUGCUUUCCGAAUGGGGGUCCUAUGGUCGAGUUCAAAGGCCGAGGCGAGCAUCGCAUUCGGUCUGUGUAA